GCGCAAGCCGCGUAAGACUUCUACUAGAGGAGCGGCGCCUGCGCCAGCCUGUCGGGGAAAGCUCUGCUGUUCUCUCGUUGUUUCGUCCCAAGUGCUUCGUGUCCUGAGUGGAUAUCAGAAUUCGCAUCAAAACUCUUGCUGGUUGCAAAACCAAGUGCAACCUACACGGACGGGUACGGGGCGCAGGUAGAACGUCUUGCACUUGUUCCCCACAACAGCGGGGGGAUCGACGAACCCUCGCUGCGGGCUACAGCCUACAGGUAACUCUGUUGCGGUUGCCCCUCAUUACUACGUCUUCGCGCAGUGGCUCACUUCUUCUCGUCGAACAGGCGUGGCGUCUGGGCACUCUGGUUACGGGCUUCGGUC